AUGUCCAAUAAAAGCAACACCUCCGAUGAGAAGAAAGUCGAACCUGCCAUUGAGAUACCAGCAUCAAAACCAAUCAAUAAUACACGUUUCCGCCGGGUUUUAGUACUUGCUUCAAUUAAACUUGCUAGAAGAAUCCCAUACUGCCAUCAUCAUGGUAUUCUCAGCAUAUCUAGAGGAAUUUGCGUUAAAUACGGCGAAUUCAGGACUUUAGCAGAAGCAUCAGCCAUGAAAUUUAUUGGAGAAAACACAUCUAUUCCGGUGCCUAAGAUUUACUGUUCUUUUGUACGCAAGGGAACAACGUAUAUUGUCAUGGAAAGGAUACGCGGAAGCCCCUUGGUUCGUGGAUGGGUACAUCGGACGCCAGAGUCUAAGGCAAAGAUACUUUCUCAGAUUCGAGAGAUGGUUGCAGAGAUGCGCAAGUUGACUACGAAAUCGUCAAGAAUUGCUAAUGUUGACGGUGGAAUCUUAUAUGAUGGAAGAAUCAAUGGUCCGGAACGAUUUGGGCCUUUCGAAAAUACUAAUGAGUUUCAUCGGUACCUGCGAUCAGAUUUUCCAGUCCAUCCACAGAAUCCAGAGGGCGUCAAUGAGCUUAUAGAAUGGCACGAUGCCCCUUGGCUCGCUCCACCUGUCUUUACACAUGGCGAUUUAAGUAGUCUCAACAUUCUCGCAGACGGUGACAAAGUGGUUGGUAUCAUUGAUUGGGAAACUGCUGGUUGGUAUCCAUUCUACUGGGAGUACACAACAGCGAUGUACGUUAAUCCAUACAAUGAGUUUUGGAAAAAAGAGAUUGAUAAGUUCUUGGAUCCACUACCUACUGCGCAGGCUAUGGAGGAGGUUCGGCAAAAAUACUGGGGAGAUUAUUGA